UUUCUUUUUCCUUUUAUUUUUCAUCUUCAUCACUCGUAACUUCGUAAGCAUCAAGAGAGAGAAACAAUGGCUACAAUCCGAGUCCCUGACCUAGUUCCUUCCCCAACCGAAGACUGUGAAACUCUCAACAAAGCAUUCAAAGGAUGGGGUACCGACGAAAAGGCAAUAAUUUCAUUAUUGGGUCGAAGAAAUACAGAUCAGAGGAGAAAAAUUAGAGAAACUUAUCAACAGAUUUACAAAAAAUCUCUCAUUGAUGAACUUAUUUCCGAGCUUUCUGGUGAUUUUGGGAAAGCAAUGAUCUUAUGGACUUAUGAUCCUCCUGAAAGAGAUGCUAGAUUGGCAAAUAAAGCUUUGAAAUCAAAGAAGAAAGAUAUAAAACAUUUUCAGGUAAUAGUUGAAAUAGCUUGUGCCAAUUCUCCUCACCAUUUAAUGGCUGUGAGACAGAUUUAUUGUUCUCUCUUCGAAUGUUCACUUGAAGAAGAUAUCGCUGCAACUGUCUCUUUACCUCUUAGAAAGAUUCUUGUGGGUUUAGUAACGUCGUAUCGUUACGACGGGCAAGCGGUGAAUACAAACAUAGCGAAUGUUGAAGCAGGACAAUUAUAUGAUUUUGUUAAGAGAAAGCAAUUGGAUAAUGAUGAUCUUGUUUGGAUAUUGAGCACAAGGAAUCAUUUUCAGCUUAGUGAAACGUUCAAGUGUUACAAACUGAAAUAUGGGAAUUCGAUAGAGAAGGAUAUUGUUAAAUGUGGAAAGAGCACUUUGGAAUCCUUAGUGAAGACGGUUGUCCAGUGUUUAGAUGCCCCCGAGAAACAUUUUUCCGAGGUCAUUAGAGCUUCGAUAGUUGGUUUUGGUACCGACGAGGAUUCCUUAACCAGAGCAAUAGUGAUGAGAGCGGAGAUCGACAUGAUGAAGGUUCGGGGAAUGUAUUUCAUCAAGAACAAAACAAGCCUUGAUAAUGCGGUUAUUGGAGACACUUCCGGAUACUACAUGGACUUCUUGAUGACACUACUCGGAGCUAAUAUAUGAUGGUUUUGUACUUUUUUGAAUAUUGAUUUUUAUUGCAAAUGUAGUUUGUGGAAUAUAUAUGACAAAAGUUUGAAAUAAUAUCUGAAUUUUCUUUGUUUGU